GACUUACUCAGCCUGAAUGCGCUCUCACCACUGCUGCUCUCCAUCCAUCUGUCUCUAUCUUUUAUUCUCUCUUUCUCUAUCCAUCACUUCCCUGAUCUCCUGCUUUUGUCCCGUCCUCUCUCCUCCGUUUCCUUUCUUUAUCUUCACCACGGGUUUUUUUUCUCUUCUUCUGUCCUCUCUCUCUUCUACAUCACCACUAAAUCCACUCCUCCUCUCUCCCAUACGUACUCCUGAGCCUGAGUGUGCAGCACCUGUACAGACUGGAGUUUGUCGGGCCGAGGCAGAGGGCUUUUUAUUUUGUGUGUGUGUGGGUGAGUGUGUGUGUGUGAGUGUGUGUGUGUUGAAAAGGGGAGGGAGGAGAGACAACACCCAGGAACACCUUACCAACAUUUCAUCAAGAUAUGUGGAGACUUAGGAACUGAUCUCCUGUUCCUCCAGCUUUUCUCCAGCUGUUUGUUUAUCUUUUUUUUUAUUGUAACACCUGGAAUGCUUAACGUGGACUGAUGGAUGUUUCCGAACUGUGCAUCCCUGACCCUCUCUGCUAUCACAACCAGCUGCUAACCAGAAUGCCAUCUGAAGACCGGCACUUAUCCUCAAGCUGUGGUUCCUACGUCAAAACUGAGCCCUCCAGCCCUUCCUCUUCACUAGUCGACACCGGCAGUCACCACAGUCCCAGCGGCAACUCUGACGCCAGUGGCGGCUACGUCAACGGAAGCAACGGACGCUCUCACGCCCUGGACUCCCCGCCAAUGUUCAACCCGGGCAUGCUGGGAGGUGGCGGUGCUUGCCUACGCCGUUAUGAAGAGUGCUCAGGCAGCGUGGUCGAUGACACAACAAUCAAGUGCGAGUACAUGCUCAACGCCAUUCCCAAGAGGCUGUGCCUGGUGUGUGGUGACAUUGCCUCAGGGUAUCACUACGGGGUGGCCUCCUGCGAGGCCUGCAAAGCCUUUUUCAAAAGGACGAUACAAGGGAAUAUUGAGUACAGCUGUCCGGCCACCAAUGAAUGUGAGAUCACCAAAAGGAGACGCAAGUCAUGCCAGGCCUGCCGCUUCAUGAAAUGUCUUAAAGUCGGUAUGCUGAAGGAAGGUGUUCGUCUGGACCGGGUGAGAGGUGGGAGACAGAAGUACAAACGGAGGUUGGACGCGGAGAACAGCGCCUACCUCGGCCUCACCAUCCCCCCUCCAGCUAAAAAGCCAUUGACAAAGAUCGUCUCCCAUCUCUUGGUGGUGGAGCCAGAGAAGAUCUACGCCAUGCCCGACCCAACCAUGCCCGAUGGAGACAUCAAGGCUCUGACCACGUUGUGCGACUUGGCUGACCGUGAGCUGGUGGUCAUCAUCGGCUGGGCAAAGCAUAUCCCAGGUUUUUCCACUCUCUCACUGGCAGACCAGAUGAGUCUGCUGCAGAGCGCCUGGAUGGAGAUCCUGGUUCUGAGCAUUGUGUUUCGCUCCCUGCUCUGCGAGGACGAGAUAAUGUACGCCGAGGACUACGUGGUGGACGAGGAGCAGGCGAGGAUCUCGGGCCUGUUGGACCUGCACGUCGCCAUCCUGCCGCUGGUCAGGCGCUACAAGAAGUUACGCAUGGAGAAGGAGGAGUUUGUCACGCUCAAAGCCAUCGCUCUCGCCAACUCGGACUCCAUGCACAUAGAGAACAUUGAAGCUGUGCAAAGGCUCCAGGAUUCUCUCCACGAGGCCCUGCAGGACUUUGAGGCCUCCCAGCAUCCGGAGGACCCUCGACGGGCAGGCAAGCUGCUAAUGACCCUGCCUCUGCUCCGUCAGACCGCCACCAAGGCCGUCCAGCACUUCUACAGCAUCAAAAUGCAGGGCAAAGUCCCCAUGCACAAACUAUUCCUAGAGAUGCUUGAGGCCAAGGCUUGACACCCAGGCCGGACGCUUGACAGACAGCUGCAUCACCCAAUGCAAGGCAAGGGACAGCCCUUAAAAAACAAAGGUGGUGUGCCAACUGACGACAAAAGGUUGAAGCGUGGACUGCUGAGUAAUUUUAACACCUUUAAAUAAUAAUAAACAUAAAAGAAAAGGGGACUUGAGGUGGUUUUUAAAGGGUGAAUAUCAACAUAACUGAAGUGGGAUAAUGAUGAUGUACUGUAUAUAAAGAUGCUGUGUACAGAAAUCAGGCAACUGAGGUCUUGUUAUAACCAGAGACCCAUUGCUCUAUAUCACCUGAAGCUUCUGUGAAUUUGUUUCUUAUCUUAUUUUCAUCUCAAAAAGGAAGUGUGUUAAUAUAAAUGUCCUGAAGAACUGUAUGGCUGCAUAGCCACAUAUGUGCUUUUGUUUUUUUCUUUCAUAUUUUCUAAUCUCAGUCGUUAAAGCAAUAGUCUCUAACUGGUCUACAUAUAAUAUGUGUACUGUAUAUUGUGUGAAAUUGCACUGGGUGGGGGGAGACUUGUUAGACAUAUUCUUAUAAUUGUCAUCAGAGAAAGCGCUGCCCAUCAGGGGUAAGAUUCUCAAUUUCCUCGUAAUAUAUUUACCUCGUAGUAGCUUCAUCGACUCAGUGGUUAUAGUCAACUUGGUGCUUACAGAAGGACAGUGGUUGGCUAGUGAUCAUAGUUCACAAAGAGUUUGCACUAAGCAUCUAUGAAUAACGUGGCAAUAAUGGGUAUUAGCCAGCUCUGUCUGGCUGCGUCUCAGUCAGUGGAUUUUGCUUAGAGACCCCUAAACUCCCACCGCACUACUUCAAAAAUACUGGAAAAUAAACAUACUGUGAAACAUGCAAAUGAUAAGCUAUCUUCUGUGCUCGGAAAGUUUUAAAAAUAACGCCGCUUGUCAAGAAAACGUCUUUUUUAUAGACACAACAACAGCAGCUCCUAUAGAACAUAAUCCAGUCUAAUACACCCCAUAAUGCAAUCUGAUAUCUGUGCAAUAAAUACAAGCUCUGUGUUGAUGAGAAUGUGCAGAUACUGUAGAUGGCGAUUCAACUGUUUUCAGUCUGCAGGUUGUGCUGAUGUGGUAUUAGAUUUCCUUAUGUUGUACUAGUGUUGCUGUUGUUGUUAUAUCCUCACAAACUUGACAGAAUCUGUAUUUUAAACCCACAAGUGUCAGUAUAUUGGCGCCAUUGGAUGCACAUUUGAUGUGUAUGCGUUUUGGGUCAUUGUAUGUCACACUUAGACCCAGGUUGAUGCCAAAGUCUGUGUGUUCGCCUCAUAUAUGUGAACCCUAAGCAAUGGUCAAGAUCUUAUACUACAGGGUAAAUAUGUUAGUGAGGCUGUGGAGCAAGAAUUAACAACAAAUACAGAUUUACGAAUGGGUCAGAUAUGUCCACUUUGUCUUCAUGGGUGUAAUGGCACUAGCAGAUUUACUGAUGCUUCAUUAUUUUGGAACUUUUAGAGACCACUUGCUAAAUGUAAAUGCAUACAGCUCACCUGAUAAUAGUGUGUGUUAAUAAGUAAUGUUUUGCCCUUUUAUUCCUGUGAUCUAUGUGAGUUUUUACACUUUACAUCAAAUCCAAAUAGUGCAUUUUAGGUCGACUAUCUUUCAGUGUCCAUCUUUCCAAAUCUUUUCAAUAUAAACACCAAAAUCAGUUCGUAGCCUAUCAGUAUACUGACACUUGUGUUGUUUCAUACAUUAAAUUAUUGAAUAAGCAAAAGUAAUGACAAUAAAUGAUAUCAAGUCACAUCAUCCCAAUGCUUUUUAAGUUCACGUUUAAUGAAAGUGACACACUGAGCUGUGCAAAGUAAUUUAAUAAAUCUGUAUAUUCCAGAAAAUAGUAGGGUUUUGUAGCAUAAUAUCUAUCGAAGCGCUAAUCAGUUGCCAAAUUAUUCAUGAAAGCAAUCAGAAAAAUGUCAUACAGUUAUUUACAAUAUGCCCUGAAAACCUGAGCAGGUUAGAGGGAACGUGUUAUCAUAAAAUCACAAUAUUAAAAUAGUAGAUUAUCAGCUGCUCUUAGAAUUUUAGUGAGACAGAUAUUGUCCCCUAUGACCACUUUAAGGCAGUAUUGUCUUUAAAGUGUCAAGUGCCAUUAGCUGCUUUCCAAACAGGUAACUAGAGGAAAACAUACAGCCAAGCGACCAGUAAGUACAGAUGCAGACCACUUACCCAUUUGAGAACAUCCCCACAGGAAGAGACGCUAUUGACUUAAUAUAAUGUAAUGCAUAGAUAAUUAUAACCAAAUCCAGUAGAGGAUGUAAAUCCCAUGAUGCACUUCAAUAACCAGUUAAUUUAUCCCCCAAUGAAACUUGGGAUGUCACCUCUGUAUAUUAGCAAACCAAAGCGUACCGUCUUCUGAUGGUGAUACAGUAAAACACUGGUAGAAGUGACACCGAACGCAAAGGCUUUUGGAUAUAAAUAUGGAUAUAGGAGUAUGUUAAUGAUAGUUAGACCUUUUUUCUGCUGAAUUUUGAGCAUCCUUUCAAACUAUGAUGAUGAUAACAGCUAAACAUGAUGAAAAGAAUUUUCUUUUGGCAAAACAAAACAUGGAUGUUUUUCAUAUUCUGAACUAUGUCAAGUCAGUUCAAGAAGUAUUUUAGUGAUGAAGAAUAACAUUUUAGCCAAAAAAAACAUGACCAAAACAGACAAGUGGACCAUCCCUUAUCUGUUCACUGAUCAUUCACGUACACCCUUUGUGCACCUUGAAGACUGGUAGCAGAUAACUGUUUCCCAAGUUUCUCUUCUCUCAAGUUAAUAUAAGAAAAUAAAGAAAAAUGCCUAAUUUAUUUUCAGUUCUAAAAUGGUUCUGAUACAUCCAAUUAAUUCUAAUAGUCUCCUAAGCUGAAAUUCUCAAUAGAAAUGGAGCAAUUAAAUUUCUGCUUUGGCUUUACCUUGGGGACAAGAGACAUUUUAUUUCGGUUGACAGUGGGGAGGGUUUGUCUAAACCUUUACAAAGGCGAUUUCAUGGGCGUCUGUAAUAGUUUCAUAACAGAACGAUCACUGGGCUAUGCAAGGCAAAUAUGGCCACCUAUGUUCCUUGUGUUGUGGAGCAUCAGACUGACAUUUAGUUGUGCUUUGUUUACAACGUGGACAUACUGUACAGUGCUGUACACUGCAAAUGUAUCAUGCAUAUUUCACCCUGCUAUACUGUAGCUGCUGUGCAAUGAUAUAAUAAUGAUGAAUUGUUUAAUUUGUCCAUUUAAUCAACAUGUGAAAUUUACAGCCCACCUGAAAAACCUGUAUAAGUCAUUGUACGGUCAUUACUCAAGGAGCACCGUGUCCAUUGUAUUAUGUGUAAGGUGGGGUAUUCUUUUAUUUUAUACACACGCUUUGUGUUAUCAUUGAUUUUGCUUAUCGGCACAGCAGGACGUAUAGCAAGUGAAGAAGUCUAGACCCUAUACCUCAAUUCAUAUUUUGAAAAUUACACUGGGUUUGGAAGCGGGCCAUGGGUUCCUCCUGGGAAUCAGUGGCACAGAAAUAAAGUGACAUCACUGACUGGGUAUUAAAAAAAAUGUAGAUGAACCUACUGCAAUUGGGGAACACAUUCCUCGGAGGAGAAAGCUGCUUAUUCGCUGUUCCAUUUGCGGACUUAUCUUAUCUCCAUGCACUCUGAGAUGACGAGAUUUACAUAAAACAUGGAGGAACCUCCCUGGCCGUUCUGGUCCGCAGUGUAUAAAGGACCCUGCUAGGUGUAUGUACCAUAGACAUGUGAUUACCCAAGAGGUUUACUCCCCUCAAAAGCAAUAUGUUAGCAAUUGUGAUAUAUGAAUCAAGUUAAAAGGAAGCUUUGGUUCAUUUUAAUUAUAAACUUAGCCUAUGCUCAGAAAAAGGACAGGGUACGCACACGCUCAGAGUCCGAGGAUGACAAAGUGAAUAAUGUGAAAAUAUUGGAAAUGAGAAGCAAAAGCCAACAACAGUUGGGGUUCACUGGACAGUAUUGUGUGGCAUUUUCUUGUGUUUUGUUUGUUGUGUUCAUGCCUACUGUACCCAUGUGUAAAUAUAUGCUUUUUUUGAGUGAAUCAGACCUAACAGUGCACUGAAUGUACAGUGACAAUAAAAUCACAUGGUUUAUGUAA